AAUUAGCUGCACAGUUUGGAGAAAGAAUCCAUAUCGGGAGAAGGAAUUGAUAUUAAAAAUGGCAAGAAACUAAACAAACGAUUUUAUUUGAUAAAAAGCUGUUUUUUUCCGGAAUCGCGCCUUUAAUAAUAGAUGCAUUGUACUACAGUUAGGCUGUACGUAACUUCCGGAUAUCGCUCGGCAUAACUCGCCAUCGUUCGUCUUUUCUGCUGUCAGGGCGCAUAUUGAGCGAGUUUGCCCUUGUUUUGUCGCCUGAGGCUGAUAAUCGUGUCCUGGCACGUUACGAGUGUAAAAUGCGGCUCAGGAAAUCGAGGUAAAGAGAUUUGUCUCGGCUUGUUUUUACGCAGAAAUAAAGGGACUUGUUGCCGCGCAUGCGCAGAACCGACAUCUGAUGUGAUCAGAGAGAGAGAGAGAGAGAGCUGUGUUAGGCAACAGAGCCGUGGACGCAAAACAGCAACGUGAAAUCUCUCAGAAGGAACUUUACCGGCGUCUAUUUAUCCUUUGCACGGGAAAUAACAAGGUUUUGAUGGACUCCAUGGAGGCAAGGUGUGGAAGAGAUUGCCAAAUGAAAGUGAAAGACUUGUGGUGUCAGACGAAAAGGAUUCAACAAGAGAGAUAGGCAAAGAACAUGGGGAUGUUUAGUCAUGGAUGAUGCAUGUAUUGCAGAAGCUCUCUUCUCAGAAACAAUGUUCAGGACUGUGUCAUGAUUUCAUUAUCUGCGAUGAAGGAAAUCUUCAUAAACCUCGUGGUUCGGUGGCGGUCUACCUAGACAUGUCGUCUUUUGACCACAAAAAACUUUUUCCUCCUUCAGAAAAACGGAAUGCAUCAAGAACUUGGCAAGAACCCAGACACUCCAUGUGAAAUUCCACAUGAUUCAUUUCUCAGAACCGCUGUAGACGUGAGUAGAAUUUAGAAGCACGUUUUUUUUUUGUUAAGGAGGAGAGUUUUUCAAAGAGAAAGAAAGAAAGAAAGAAAGAAAAAAAACAAACACAUCUGUCUUUUAGAUCAUGGCCGUAUGCAUAGUGAAGUCUGCGCUUCUGCUGUGUCUUGUGAAUCUGGGAUUUUCCUUCUCUGGGAUAUUUGACCCUUCAGGCAAAUAUGGCACAGUCAGCGAGCACGACGAGCGAGCGGAUUUCCAUACGGGCACCAACGCCACCACAGAGCGAGGGUUUCACAUGCCAUCAAACGUCCACCCCAACCUUUAUUUCGACCUCACAGAAGUGCGAAGGCUAAAAAAGAAAGCUGCCAGUACACAUGGACACAUAUUUAAAGUCAUACGGAAUGCCGUGAUGACCAUGCUGGAAAGCCCGACGCUCUACCUGCCACCCAUGAACCAUGAGGAAUUUGCAAAGAAAUGGAACGAGAUUUACGGUAACAACCUUCCACCGCUCGCGCUGUACUGUCUACUCCAACCUGAAGACAGUGCCGUGUUCCAGUUUUUAAUUAAGUACAUGGAUCGUAUGGCUGAUUAUCCCAAUUGGAUGGUGACUAGCGCUCCAAAUGAUGAAGUUCCAAUAUCCCAUUCCCUUACUGGCUUUGCUACAGCUUAUGACUUUAUCUACACCUAUCUGGACACUCAGCGAAAAGUUCGGUACCUUAAAAAGAUACGUGCCGUCACGGCGGAACUUUAUGAACUGUCCAAACAUAGAGGCUGGGGCCGUCAGUUUCUACAAAACCACCAGACUACAAACAUACUAGCCAUCCUUACGGGAGCUAUUGUAACCGGUGUCCACAAAGACCGUGAGACAAUGAUGUGGAAGCAGGUAGCAGUGAACUACAUGGAAAAGACCAUGUUCCUCUUGAACCACAUCGUCGACGGUUCCCUGGAUGAAGGCGUGGCAUACGGAAGCUACACGGCCAAAUCCAUCACUCAAUACGUCUUCUUAGCGUCACGUCAUUUUGAAAUUGACAACAAGAAUAACAACUGGCUGAGAGCUCACUUCAUGUUCUACUAUGCCACCGUGCUCCCUGGCUUUCAAAGAACUGUAGGCAUCGCAGAUUCCAACUACAACUGGUUCUAUGGGCCGGAGAGUCAGCUAGUGUUCCUGGAUGCGUUCGUGCUCAGGAACGGCUCUGGAAACUGGCUGGCGCUGCAGAUCAGGAAGUCCCGGCCCAAGGACGGACCCAUGAUGCCGUCUGUGGCGCAGCGCUGGGCUACUUUACACACCGAGUUUAUCUGGUAUGACGCUGAGCUCACUCCUCAGCCACCGCCUGAUUUUGGGAAGCCGGACAUGCAUGUUUUUUCAAACUGGGGUGUAGUGACCUACGGUGCAGGGUUACCCUCGGGGCAGGACAAUACUUUUGUGUCUUUUAAAUCUGGAAAGUUAGGUGGACGAGCAGUGUACGACAUUGUUCAUGCUAAGCCUUAUUCCUGGAUCGACGGCUGGACUAACUUCAACCCGGGUCACGAGCACCCGGAUCAAAACUCAUUCACUUUUGCGCCAAACGGACAAGUGUUUGUCUCCGAAGCUUUGUACGGACCAAAAUACAGCUAUCUUAACAAUGUUCUGGUAUUUGCACCUUCCCCGACUAGCCAGUGCAACGCACCAUGGGAGGGGCAGCUAGGGGAAUGUUCCAAAUGGCUAAAAUGGGGAGAAAAGGAAGUAGGAGACAGUGCUGGUGAGGUGAUCGCCGCAUCCUCACACCAGGACACUAUGUUUGUUAGCGGUGAAGCCUCGUCAGCUUAUUCGUCUGCUAUGAUGCUGAAGAGUGUUUAUCGAGCCCUGAUUCUGCUCAACUCCCAAACUUUAUUAGUGUUAGAUCACAUUGAAAAGCACGAAAAGUCUCCUCUGACGUCAUUUAGUGCCUUUUUCCACAAUCUCGACAUCGACCUGAGAUACGUUCCCCACAGGUCUUUGAAUAAGUACAGUGGAGCUCUGAUGGACGUAUGGGACGCUCAUUAUGAAAUGUUUUGGUUUGACAAUCAGGGAGUCAGUCCCGUCGGCAGGAUACAAGAAGUAGAACAGGUCGCAGAGUUCAAAAAGAGAUGGACACAGUUCAUAAACGUUACUUUUCCCAUGGAAGGCGUAUUCAGCAGGGUGGCUUACCUAAUGCAUGGCCCUUUUGUCAAAGUAUCGGACUGCAGGUUCGUUGACAAUAGCAAAAACGGAGUGAAACUGUCAGUUACCCUUAAUGACACUGAGACAACAGUAUCCAUAGCAACAAACUACAAAGAUAUCGGUGCCAGACACAGCUACUUAGGCUUUGCAGGGUUCGCCAAAGCAGAAAAUAAACACAGGAUCAUUCAUUUUGGUCAGGGAGUUCAGAUUUUACCCAGCCAAGUGAAAAAAGACUCUACCUUUAACUUUGGUUUCAUGAUCAACGUUGUUGCAGUGUGGUUUCUGUGUUUUGCCAUCGCAGUUUUGACCAUAAAAAGAAAGUUUAACAUUUCUUCACGUAAACUUAUUCGCUGCACCGUCAUUUCAGUGCUGCUUUUCUGGGUGCUGGAACUCUUAGUGACGUCACAUCGCUGUCAGGAGGUGCUGUGCGGCAUCAUGUGGAGGGACCUCCGUGUCUCUGAGGAAGCGGUCACUCGAUCCACGUUCCCUCUCGAUCGCACCCCGGACACCCUUCCGUUCAUAAUCGUCACCUCCCUUCCCGGCUCCGGAGCCGAGAUCCUUCAACCCCUUUUUGACAACAGUUCCGACUUUGUGUAUCUCAGCAUUCCCUCCAUGUACCUCCGCAUUCCCGAGACCAGCUUUGCACCCGAUUCUUUCGCGGACGCUUGCGAGUGGUCCAGAGCGGAUGCUCAAAAUGGAAAGUUUCGAGCCAUUCAAGGAUGGUUCCAUUCCAUGGUCCAUAGCAUCAAACUGCACCUGCAGAACAUUCAGAUCUACAAGAGCAGUAUCGAGGCGGGAAAAAAGUCCAGCGCUCAGGGAACGAGGAAGAGACGGAAGCUCCUGAUGGAGGCCAACGAGAUCGGAGACAGGAGGUCUACCUCCAGGGAGGUGGAGUACAUCAAGGAGUUAAGGCAACACUUGUCGAACUUUCCGAACGCCUGCCCGGUGCUGAACCUUCGCAGCGGGAGCUGGUCCUUAAAACUCCCAUUUGUUCAAGAGGUCAUCGGGCGAUCUUUAAGAUCGGUUCAAAUAGUGCGUGACCCCCGGGCGUGGAUCUAUCUCAUGCUCUAUAACAGCAAACCGAGCCUUUACGCCAGCAAAAACAUCAGAAAACACUUGCUGAACAUUCUGAACCAGGGUAGCGACAGGGCUGGACAGACCUGUACACAGUUCCAUGCUGCAUUUCAGCCUCUGCGAGAGAUCCUUGCUCAGCCAGAUGCUAACCCUGUGCUCUUGCUAGCUCAUCUCUGGCUCGCUCACACUUCUGCCAGCAUCCAAGCGAGCAUGGACUUACCCUCACACACCUACCUUCAGGUGAAAUUUGAGGACAUCGUGAACUUUCCUGAGGAAACCGCAGAAAAGAUACACAGGUUUAUCGGCGUGCCCGUCUCCCCGGCCGCUAUAAACCAGCUCGCGUUCGCUACAUCCACAAAUCUGUAUCAUCUCGUCUACGAAGGGGAUAUAUCACCUGCUAAAAUUAACGCGUGGAAAGAAAAUAUGGCUCCUGAUCAGAUUAGACUUAUAGAACACGUGUGUGGGACUGUCAUGGACACACUCGAGUAUAACAGAUAUGUGUUUGUAUGAAAUAAAUGGAAUUGUUAUUUGUAUAAAUGCAGAAUUGUUUCUAUAAAAUGGAUGUUUAAGAAAAAGU